AUGACCAAAUCCAAAAUUUCCUUUCAACUUCCUGUUCUUGAUUUGUCUCAACCUGUAGAGUCCACCUUCCUCUCUGCACUCUCUCAAGCAUGUCAAGAAUGGGGAUUUUUUUAUGUUGCCAAUCAUGGUAUACCUGAAAGUAUAUUCAGCGAGCUUUGUUUGCUAUCGGAGCAUAUAUUCAGCCUUCCCCAGGAAUUGAAACUUAAACUAGGCCCAUCAUCAUCAGUCCAGACCUAUACUCCUCGUUUUAUAGCAUCUCCAUACUUUGAAAGUUUGCGAGUUUCUGGACCCAACUUUAUGGCCUCUGCAAAGGCUUCUGCUGAUGAACUUUUUGGCUCACAAAAUCGUGAAAUAAGCAAUGUUUUGCAAGAGUAUGGAAGCAAGAUGAUUGAUGUGGCAAAGAUAGUUAUAGAAGUUCUGUUGAAGUGCUUGGGCGAUGUUUACGAACGGAAGUAUUACAAGACAGAAUUCAGCAAUUGUCAUGGUUAUUUGAGGAUUGUGAAUUAUUCGCCACCUGAAAAUGUAAAAGAAAAAGAGGUUGAAGGACUUGGAAUGCAUACUGAUAUGAGUUGCAUAACACUGGUAUAUCAAGAUGAGAUUGGUGGGCUUCAGAUGAGAUCCAAGGAAGGGGAGUGGUUGAAUAUAGACCCUUGCAAGGGAUCUUUGGUGGUUAAUAUUGGAGAUCUGAUGCAGGCUUGGAGCAAUGGAAGGUUUAGGUCAUCUGAACACCGAGUUGUUCUUAAGCAACCAGUCAACCGACGUUCUCUGGCUUUCUUUUGGUGUUUUGAGGAUGAGAAGGUGAUAUUGGCACCUGAUGAUGUUGUGGGGAAAGGUAACGCAAGGAUUUACAAGUCAUUCGUCUGUGCUGACUAUCUGAAAUUUAGGGAGAGUAACGAGGAAGGAAAGUUUGAGAAAAUUGGAUACACUGUCAAGGAUUUUGCAGGUGUUAAAAUUCAAGCAACAGUCACUACAAUGCUAUGAGUACUGUUUAACAUGUGAGAUGUGAUUCUGUUUGGUGAAUUUGCUAUUGAUAAUCAUAUGUUCUUGGUUUUCCCUACUCUGCUGCCAAAGAUGGCAGAUGAUAGUGAAAUUGCUCUGCAGUGAUGUUCAGAUUGCUUCCACUCCUUCCUGCCCCCUUUCCUUGUUUCAAAAGCAGUAAUUAAGGUUGUCUCUUUGUGUCUGGAAUUGGUGUGGUUUUGUUUUAUGAUUUGUAUCAGUGUUUGGCUUAUACUUGACAUGGGAAGAGCAGGAGAGCGAUGUCCAUUGAAACUAAAUGUAGCCUUGUAGGGGAUUUUGUGCCAAAUGUGCUAGUUGGUAGUUUGAAAGGAGAAAAGACGAAACAUGUACUGUCGAUAUUGCAUUCUGUUGAGAGGGAAUUCAACGAAUGCAGUUUAUUU